AUGUUGAAAGUUCACAAAGGGAAAUUAGGAUAUGUGGAGACUACAGAACUACACUUAAUCCAGUACUUAUUAAACAUCUACACCCAGUUCCGAUUUUCGAUCAACUACGCCAAAAUCUCGCAAACGAAUCAGAUUGAAUACCUAGGUCACAUAAUAGAUAAACAUGGCAUCCACCCAACCAAAUCUAAAAUUGAUGCCAUAACUAAGGCCCCAGCACCUAGUAAUGCAAAAGAACUACGAUCAUUUUUAGGACUAGUUAACUUUUACGAACGGUUUGUACCACAUCUUCACGGAAUUUGUUCGGAUCUUCAUGAUCUAACUAGUAAAAAAAAUAGAUGGCGUUGGACUGAUCAUGAAAACAGAAUAUUUGAAGAUACAAAGAAAUGCAUAACGUCUUCACAACCAUUAAUUGCAUUUGACGAGAAACGUCCCCUUUAUUUAGCAUGUGACGCUUCCGAAAAGGGAUUGGGUGCAGUAUUAUUCCACAAGGACUCGAACAUAGAACAGCCAAUUGCUUUUGCUUCAAGGAAACUACGACCAGCGGAAAUGAAAUAUUCCGUUAUUGAUCGUGAAGCUUUAGCAAUAGUAUUUGGUAUAAAAAAAUUUGAUCAGUACUUGAGAGGAACGAAAUUUAAUCUAGUUACGGACCAUAAACCUCUUAUACAUAUUAUGGGUGCACGCCGCAACCUUCCUAAACUAGCCAAUAACCGAUUGGUAAGAUGGGCCCUAGUAGUGGGAAGUUAUCAAUAUGACAUUUACUACAGGAAAGGUGAAAAUAACACAUUAGCUGAUUGCCUUUCCAGAUUACCAAACCCUGAAACUGAACCCUCCGAGACAGAAGGGCUUGUACAUAAAAUAGAUCUACGUCUUUUGAGCACUCGAAUGACUGACCUUAACCUAUCAGAACAGUUACUUAUGAAAACAACUGCAAAGGAUCAUAUACUCACAAAAGUUUGUCAAAAUUUAAAAACCGGCUGGAGAGAAUCAGUAUACAAUCCAGAAAUGAAACCAUUCUACAGAAACCGGACUGAAUUAUCUGUUGAGAAUAAGAUACUUAUGAGGCAAGGACGCAUCGUUAUACCUACAGCACUCCGAAAAGCCAUUCUUACAUACCUUCAUCGAGGACACCCUGGCAUUUCUGCUAUGAAAGCACUUUCACGUUACUAUGUUUGGUGGCCUAACCUUGACGAAGACAUAGAAUUAUUUGUCAAGAAAUGUACCAGAUGCCAACAGAACCGCCCUUGUAAUCCUGAACUUCCUGUAUUUUCCUGGUCCAUACCAGAAGAAGUAUGGGAGAGAAUCCAUAUCGACUUUGCUGGACCGUUCGAAGGAUCGUAUUGGUUGGUAUUGUGCGACGCUCUCUCCAAAUGGGUGGAAAUACGACCGAUGAAACACAUCAACACCAGAUCACUUUGUCUUACAUUAGAUAACAUAUUUUGUACAUUUGGCUUACCAAAAAUGAUUAUAUCCGAUAAUGGACCUCAAUUUACAUCUUAUGAAUUUAAAGAAUAUUGCACAAAACAGUCUAUUUUACAUGUCACAUCAUCUCCAUAUCAUCCUCGGACAAAUGGGCUGGCAGAACGUUUAGUCAGAACAUUCAAAAAUAGAAUGGCAUCGGUAGACAAUACAAAUCUCGAGCGCCGACUAUUAGAAUUUCUGUUUACAUACAGAAACACUCCGCACUCGUCCACUGGUAAAUCUCCAGCUGAGAUGAUGUUUGGAAGACAAUUGAAUUGCAUACUUUCCAACAUUCGGCCAGACAAAAGAAGGUUAAUGCAGUAUUUACAAGUAAAAGAAAAUAUUCGUACCACAUCACCGAGUUACCGACCAAGUGACCAAGUAUAUAUUAAAACACGCAAUGAUAAAAUAUGGGAACCAGCGGUAAUUACAUCCCGAAAACAUAAAUAUUCAUAUAUUGUUUCAACACCAGGAGGACUAGAAAAACGAAGACACGCUGAUCACAUCAGGCCACGCGAGUCUUCCACCUCAGAAACCCCGAGGAAUGAAAGGGCGCAUUCUUCUAUGCUGCCGACGACUGCUUCUCCAGACAUUGGAAUGGAAACAUCAAUUAGCGAAAGGCUAACUAACAAUAAGAAUUCAUUACCUACACUGCAGUCGCCUACAAAUGUACAAAUUUCUCCAAAUUCACCUUCACAGCAUUCGAAGUUAUACUCCUCACCUGCUCCGGUCUCCACUCCUGUGCCAUUUGCUCCGCGUCGAAGUAAUCGACGUAUACAGGCACCCCGCCGUCUGAUCAACGAGAUGUAGAUGGGGAGGAAUGUUGUAACCUUCUUUUACAUAUUCCAUUAUUUGAAAUAUACUUCAAACACAUUGUCAUUUUUGCUACCUAUCAUUAUUAUAUUUUAUGCUAUGUCUUGAAAACAUUGUUUUAUUAUAGUAUCAAAGAGUGCAAAGCCUUAUAAGAAAUAUUAAUAUUAAAAACAGCAAUAGAAGCUUAUGAAAUUGGAAAUAAAUCUUUAGUUGAAAUAGCUAAGCAGUUUAAUAUAACAUGUAACAAAGACAAUGAAAUCUCAAGGUGGACAAAAUGUCUAAGUGAAGUAGUAGAAAAAUACAUAAUAAAAUAAAUUAAUAUUUGUUCAGAGUGGGGUUAUCCACUUGAUUCUUAUGACUUACGCAAACGCAUAAUAAUAAAGGUAUAUUUAGACCGAAUUGGCAUAAAAAAAAGAAUGUUAUUUGGAAUAUCGGAAAUUUAUUAUUAAUUUCACAAUUUAUAAUGCUCUCAAUUUAUAAUUUUUAUCUCGUACGCAGUACCUUAGAAUAUUGCUGAAUUAUGUGAAAUCCUCAUUAUGAGAUAAACAAGAAACGAUUGGAAAGUGCCCAGAAACGGUUUCUAUGGAACUUGUCUUAUAGCUACACUUUAAUCUAGACUCUUCUUAACCGGAGGAAACUAAUGGAUGAUAUAUUUUGUUGAGGUACAGAACUAGCUGCGUGUCGCCGGGCUAGUAAUGUUGACUCGUUACCAUGGUUACAUUCUCUUCUUAUGAAGAUUGUGUCGUGUGAAUAAAAAUAUAAUGUGUGAUAAAAAA